UGCUGCCUGGUGCGGACGUGUUUGACAGUUAUUCACAAAUGGGGCCCAGAAGUCGAUGAGACUGACCGCUUGUGAGUCAGACGCUGUCUGAAAGUUACCACCGCAGAGUUGUGUCAUCAUAUGUUCGUUGCGUUGAUUUCUACGUCCAAAUUCACAAGUGUUUAUUAGCCCAGGAACAACAGGAAUGAAUGAACACGUGAAGGGGCAGAAAGCAGACAGUUAAAGCGGGCAAUGAACGUGGUGUUGUGAGCGGACCAAAGAGAAGAACAAAGAGGAAUACCAACAAAACCGUUUAUACUACAACUGUCCAAAGGCCUGAAGAAGCUUGUGUGUGCGGAGCGAGUCAGCCUUGUUAACAAACGAUCUUUGAGAGCUAGCUAACACAGCUACCGCUAACAAGCGACAAGCGGAGAGAGAAGACCGGGGGCUGCGCCACGGUCCCUUCCUCGCUCCGGUAUGAUGACAGGUGACAGCAACAUGACCUCCAUCGUUCAGAGAAUAGCUCGGCAGGCUCUCCUCACCUUCAGGAGUCCGCCCCGGCUCGGCGAAGAGGCCGGUAAAUCUUUCCUGGAGAACCGAAGCCAACUGAAGAGCCUGAUGACGGAAGUGCGAGCCGCGGACCUGAAGCUCGUUCCUCGGCGUGCCGACAACAACAACGUGUCCCCUUCGCUCCGCGGGCCUCCGGUCACCUACAUGCACAUUUGCGAGACGGACCAGUUCAGCAUGGGGGUGUUUCUGCUGAAAAGCGGCGCCUCCAUCCCGUUGCACGACCACCCGGGGAUGCACGGCAUGCUCAAAGUCCUGUACGGAAAGGUCCGGAUCAGCUGCUUUGACCGACUGGACCGGCAGGGCUGCACGCCGGCAGCGCCUCCGCUUCCCCCGGCGCAGAAGGGCGCGCUGCGGCGCUCCCUGCUCCGCUCCACGGACGUCUACACGGAGGAGAGCGGCCCGUGCGUGCUCUCCCCGGACCGGGACAACCUGCACCAGAUCGACGCCGUGGACGGCCCGACGGCGUUCAUGGACAUCCUGGCCCCGCCGUACGACCCGGACGACGACAGAGACUGCCACUACUACAAGGUGCUGACAGAAGCGGAGGUUAAAAACACAGAGCAGAAGGAGGUCUGGCUCCUGGAGAUCUCGCAGCCUCCGGAGUUCUGGUGCGGAGGGGAGCCGUACCCGGGCCCGGAGGUCUGCCUCUGAUGCCCUCUGACAGACUUACCUUUUCUCCGGCUGCAGGGGCUGGUUUAUAUGCAGCCGGCCUGUAGUGGCACAAGGCCUGGGGCUUUUGGACUUGGUUUGACAACACUAGGCUGAAUAAAGUAGGGCUGAUUGAUUAUGGAAAAUAUCAUAAUCACGAUUAUUUUUGGAUGAUAUUGAAAUCAAGAUUAUUUACCACGAUUACUCAUUGACUUUUGGAAAGAUGUUGCCAAUAUUGCACCUAAAAAGUAGUGAAACAAUUGAACAAAUCAACAGUAAAAACACCUUGAACAGUGAAA